AACGUUGGCCGGCUCGCCGUUGGCGGGCGGCGCGCGGGAGCUCUGCCACGCCCCGCCCCAUCCCUCCGAGCAGUCCCGUGCCCGCCCCGCCCUUUCCCUUUGAAGCUAGAGGACAAGGAGACAUUUCUGUGGCGCAUGCGCCGCGUCCAACCGAGACAAGUGGUGGUGAAAGGCAGGCACGACGCUUGCGUAGUUGAGAUAAAGCGUCCUGGGGAGAAAUGGAUGGCGCUCAUUGCCCAGGCUUUGCGCAUGCGUUUUGCAGCUAGCUGAAGCCGAACCCUGGGGGCCCAGGACACCCUCUUGCACAUGCGCGAGAGGCUCAAUGACAGUCGAGCGUUGGCUAAGACUCCGGGGAAAGGGUCUCGCCAUGCUGCAUGUGACCCGGGGGGUCUGGGGGUCCAGGGUCCGAGUUUGGCCCCUGUGUCCUGCGCUCCUUGGGCCCCCCCGGGCCCUUUCGUCGCUGGCGGCCAAGAUGGGGGAGUAUCGCAAGAUGAGGAACCCCACGGAGCCCCGCGACUGGGCCCAGCAGUACCGCGAGCGCUUCAUUCCCUUCUCCAAGGAGCAGCUGCUCCGCCUUCUGAUUCAGGAAUUUCACUCGAGUCCUGCAGAGAAGGCGGCUUUGGAGGCGUUCUCGGCUCACGUGGACUUCUGCACCCUGUUCCACUACCACCACAUCCUGGCCCGGCUACAGGCCAUGUAUGACCCCAUCAACCCUGACAGAGAAACCUUGGAGCAGCCAUCGCUAACAGACCCCCAGCGUCUGUCCAACGAGCGAGAGGUGCUGCGAGCCCUGGAACCCCUGCUUGCCCAGGCCAACUUCUCCCCACUCUCCGAGGACGCCCUGGCCUAUGCGCUGGUGGUGCACCACCCUCUGGACGAGGUUCAGGUGACGAUAAAUUUGGAUCAGUAUGUCUACAUGCAGUUCUGGGCCCUGGGCCAGCGAGUUGGGCUGAUGCCCCGUAAGUCCAGCGUGGGCUCCAAGCGUGGCUUCUUCACCAAGUUGCCCCCCGCAGAGAGGAGAUACUUUAAGCGGGUGGUGCUGGCAGCUCGGACAAAGCGAGGGCACCUGGUGCUGAAGAGCUUCAAGGACACGCCGCUGGAGGGCCUGGAACAGCUGCUGCCCGAGCUGAAGGUGCGAACGCCCACCCUGCAGCGUGCCCUGCUCAACCUCACGCUGGCAGUCUCGGGCUUGGUGUUCUUCGUCAAUGUGGGCAUGGUGGUGCUCACCGACCUCAAGGUGGCCACCUCCCUGCUGCUGCUGCUCUUUGCCAUCUUCAUGGGCCUGAGGGCCUCCAAGAUGUUCGGGCAGCGGCGCAGCGCGCAGGCGCUGGAGCUGGCGCACAUGCUCUACUACCGCAGCACGUCCAACAACUCGGAGCUGCUCAGCGCCCUGGCCUUGCGCGCGCAGGACGAGCACACCAAGGAGGCGCUGCUGGCGCACAGCUUCCUGGCCCGGCGGCCGGGGGGCGCGCGCGGCCCGCCCCAAGAGACCUCCCGGUGGCUCCAGUUGGAGGUGGAGAACUGGAUCCUGGCCCAGUCAGGCUGUGAGGUGGCCUUCAACGGAACUCGGGCCCUGGCCCACCUGCAAGCCCUGACCCCCAGUAUGGGGCUGUACCCACCCCCGGGUUUCCCCAAACUAGGCUCGUUGACUACAAUCACUUCCAAGCCCUCUCAGGCCACAACCAGCAGUGACAACCCAGCCCCGUCCGGCCACCCGGCUAGUACCUAAGCCCCGCCUCCUCCACGACAAACUGUCAAUUACUGUUACGAUACUUUUGCACUUCAAAUUCCAAUCACUGACCGGCAAUCUUUUUUUUGCAACGCCAUGUGCUUAAGCGAAGCAGCCAGUCGCAGCAGCCAGCAGUCGCUAGGUCCCGGCCUCUCUGGUGAACAGCCAAUCGGCUAUCUAGCUCUGCUUCUAGCCCAUUUCUUAGUCCCGCCCUCCCUGUAAACGUCCAAACGCGGUUUGACUGAGGAGCCAGUAGCGGCUGCUUAGCUCUGGCGUCUGUAAACUACCAGGUAGGGUGGUUAAAGCUAUGCUCUCCCGAGGCUAUAUAUCAUUGUCUUUUUAGCCUGCUCCAGGCAAGUUGCCCGUCGUGUGCACCAAGGCCGUUUAGCCCUGCCUCCUGGCAAACAGCCAAUGACAGCUGCUGGGCACCGUCAACCUUGAGCAGCCAGUUGUCGCUGCGGGGAAGCUACCAAUCAGAAUUUCUAAAGAAAGCCUGAUCUUUCUAUCACCUGCUGCUGCUUAGAUGGAGGGCCAUCUGGUCAACUGCCGAUCAGGGUGACCAGGCCGAAGGGGUUGGGAACCUCGUGCUAGGUAGAAAGCCGUGGGUUUGCAGGAACCAGAGACCAUCCUCACCCCAAGGCUUGAUCCCACCCGGGCUCCCAACAACCUCAGGUGCCUUCCUUGCCCGGGUCCCUCUCCCCUUCUACAGAAACUACCUCGGUCUGGAUCUCCCGCCGCCAGUGGCCUGUGCAAUAUUUAUUGGUUUUUCAAUUUCUCCCGUCCCCUCUCCCAAAGGAAUAAAUCGUAUUUAAUAAAUCUG